GCCGUCCCCGAGCCGCGCACACAUCCCCCAGCCGCCCAUGGAGCUCUUCGAGACCAACCCGUAUUUCUUCCCGGAGCAGAGGUUUUACGAUGGGGAAAACUUUCUGGGCUCCCGCUUGCAGGCCUACGAGCCCGCGGCGUUCCCCGAGCGCGCCGAGGCCGCGCUGUGCGCCGAGGGCAGGGCGGCUCUGGAGGACAAGGAGGCGCUGGCCGAGCACUGUCCCGGGCAGUGCCUGCCCUGGGCGUGCAAGGCGUGCAAGAGGAAAUCCGUGUCCAUGGACCGGCGGCGGGCGGCCACGCUGCGGGAGAAGCGGCGGCUGAAGAAGGUGAACGAGGCGUUCGAGGCUCUGAAGCGCAGCACCCUCCUGAACCCCAACCAGCGGCUGCCCAAGGUGGAGAUCCUGCGCAGCGCCAUCCAGUACAUCGAGCGGCUGCAGAGCCUGCUCAGCUCCCUCAACCAGCAGGAGCGCGAUCAGCGGGACCUGCGCUUCCGCCCCGCCGCGCCCCAGCCCGCCGCAGCCAGUGAGUGCGGGUCCAGCAGCUCCUCCUGCAGCCCCGAGUGGAGCAGCCAGCUGGAGUUCGGCACCAACCCUGCAGACCACCUCCUGGCUGACGAGGCAGCUGAGGAGCGCAACCUGCACUCGCUGUCCUCCAUUGUGGAGAGCAUUGCCGUGGACGACGUGGCUGUAACGUUCCCAGAGGAGCGGGGUCAAAACUGAGCUGGCGCAAACCCCGGCAGCUCCUCGAGAUGGUAACGGGGUGAGAGUGAGGUGCCGGAAGGAUCCAGCCGCUGGAAAUCACAUCUCCCCCCGCAGUGUCGUGGGCUGCACGGCUGACGCCACUCGGGUCCCUCCCCGGUCCUUGCGGAGCGCUGCUGCCAGGCUGGAAGAGCAGAGGUGGGA